AUGCCUCAUCAUCAACCACGCGAUGACAAUAACAAUGACCAAGGGUCAAUGAGGACUACGCCUGUAAAAGGUACUCAAGAAGUGCCUGCAACAGCCCCUAUAUUCGAAGGUCACUUGUAUCUACAACAUCCAGAAAAGAGCGGCCGAUGGCAGUGGCGACUAUUUCGUUUCGAUGGCACAUCCUUCACUUGUCUCUCGACACGAAAAAUCAAGUUACCACCUGAUACACCUGUUGAUCCUACUCCCAAUGAGAAUACACUCGUUCAGUCAUUGUCAUCACAUCAACUGAAUCAGCAUCAUCAUCAUCAUCACCAGCAACACAAUAUGAAUCACUCCACUUCUUUUCACACAUCCCACACAUCGCCAUUACUUGCAACACCAAAGGAUAAGACAUUGCGCCUCGUUUCCAUGACAAGUGCAAGUAUGCCAGAUUUACCAGCUCUUGCCACAACACCAUCCAACAAUAUCAAUGAGCCCAUGCUAGCCAGCUAUUAUCAAUUACCAAAAUGGACCGUGGACAUUGCCAACAUUUCCGCUAUUUCGGUUUUGAAAGGAUCCAAGAAACGAUCUCCUUUUAGCUCAAACUCAUCAAAGUCAAAAUGCUUUUGUAUACGCACCUACGAUGGACAAUGCCAUGUCAUGAAAGCACAAAAAUACAAGGAUUUGGAACGUUGGCUCUUUGUUCUCACAAAGAUGUGGAGAUUUGUUCAAACCAUUCGCGACCAAAUGCAAAAACAACAGCAACAACAACAGCAACCACUCGUUGUCAUGCAACCACCACCCACAUCAUCUUAUCCACCUCAUGCCAACGCUAUGUUUAUGCAUCCACCAUCAUCAUGGGAACAACAACAACAACAACAACAGCAGCCGACAUUUGCAACAGCACGUCCAUUUGAUAACACAAUCACUGCACGUAACCUUGUCCCGCCACCGCCACCACCACCGCCCCAUAUUCAUGAUAAUACGAUUGCCCCAACGACAUCAUCACCACCACCAGCACCUGUGGGAGCCCCAUCAUUUACACAGCCCCAUCAUCAACAACAGCAACAACCAUCCACUCAAUAUGAUGCACGUUACAAGGCACCCAUGUUAUCCAUGGAAAAAGUACAUUGGAUCGAUCAAUGGCGUGAAUCGCUUGCUGAGCUUGCAGCUUAUGAUCAAAAAGCCGUAUCACCACCACCCAUUGAACCUAUCCCUGAUGAUGAUCAAAUUAGCUCAAUCAGCGGAUUAACCAGUAUUAGCCAUCGUGGAAGACCACCUGCAGCUGCAGCUACAGCACCACGGCGAUCCAUUGUGUCACCUCGGAGAAAAGCAUCGAAACGAUCCAUUCGUUCCAUCACAGCUAGCAUGAAACGUGUUGCUGGUGGAGGAGGUGGUGGUGGUAAUGCAAGUGGCAGUGGUGGACAUCCUACUGAUGGUGGUGGUACCAUUAAAUCCAACAGCAUUGCACCAGCCAACGCAUCAUCGGCCGCAAUUAUGCCGCAGGAACUGCCAUUGGAAGAUCGACCAAGCUCCUCCUUGAAAAAGAAGCGGUCUGAUGAAGUGAAGAAUUGGAUCACAAGCAACAAAGCAGAGGAGAUUGUAAUUGUGGGACCAGACAUGGACUAUUUCCAAGAUGCAAACACUGUACUAGAAAAGGAAGAGUCAGUGAACGCCGAUGCCGAUUACCGAGCAGCUGUCCGAUACCAUACUUCGAUUCGUGGUCGAAAUGUACAAUUGGUGGAGGAAGAAGAGCAACAACAACAACAGCAUGCUAUCAAUGAACGACAAAAUCAACUUUCGCAUCGUGCUUCAUUAAUCGCUGACGAGCAAAUUCAUGGACAUUCGCCAUUGCAAACAUUAGCAAGAACAGAUAACCCGCGUGCAUUGCAACAACACAUCAAUUAUGCAAAGCGUAGCAGUAGCCCAGCACUCAUGUGGCAAUCAUCAACAACGACACAGCCACUCAACACAAGAGGAAUGGAUGAUGAUAACAAUGAUGACGAUGAUAUGAGCUUGGCAGAUUUACAACGAUCCUUACGACGUGUAAGUGUGAAUGACGAUCCAAGGCAGCAGCAACAACAACAGCAACAAUAUAAUCGUGUAAGGUCACCUUCGGCAUCAUCCAUUCUCGACAAGCGUGCACCAUUAGAUCUUAUCAACAAUCAACGCAGCAUUGUUUAUCCACAGCCGCAUCCUUCGUAUUAUACGCCUUCAUCACAACAUUACAGUACCCAACCAUUACCACCACCGAGUACUCCUUCUAUUGUGGCACCUGCUGUACCUCCAAUGCCUGUAGGACGAUGCUCAACGCCUUCACGCCCAUUUUAUGGUCAGCCUACAAUGUCAUCUUCCGAAUUAACAAGUACACAAAGCAAGAAAAUGUAUCAUUACUUUGACACCCAAUCCUCAAGGACCAUAGCCACUGAUGCAGUAACACCACCUGUCGACAAGAAGAAACGACCACAAUCUUGGAUGAUUCCUUCUACGACUACUUUUCUCGAUCCAAAAUCAGCAGGGGCUGCUCCUACAACGACGACAAUAGUACACCCAUCUCUCAAAGCUACUACAUCAUCCAACAGUAACCACGAUCACUAUUAUACCAGACGUUCCAUAGAUGUCGCCGAUACCAUACGCCGAGGUAGCACUAGUAGUAAUAGAUGGUCUUAA